GCAGCGGACUGCUGGCCCGGCAAUUCUCGCCAGCGCUGAUGGUGCCACCACACCGGUGCGCUUCGCACACAAUAGCCCUGCACCGGUUAAAAGGGGCUUUAUGGACUGGAUCCUAAGGAUGACCGGCCGCAGUCACACUCCACGAGUGAAGAUAGACCACGGAGGAGAGCUGCAGAUCAUGCUGCCACCAGACCGCAACAACUCUGGCGAGGUGUGUCUUUUAGCGGAAAGCCCUUAUAGGAUACUAAGGGCAGCAGAAAGCGGCAAUGUGGAAGACUUUAUGCGCUUGUACCUGAGUGAACCAUCGCGACUGGCCGUUCGGGAUUCCCGGGGACGCACCGCGGCCCAUCAGGCCGCAGCCAGGAACAACACUAAUAUACUGCAUUUCAUCAACAACUACGCGGGAGACCUGAAUGCCCAAGAUAAUACCGGGAAUACUCCACUACACUUGGCCGUCGAAAGCGAAGCUUUGGAUGCUAUUGAGUUUUUACUACAGAAACGUGUUAACACGGGAGUGCUGAACGAGAAGACUCAAGCUCCUAUACAUUUAGCUACAGAGCUUAACAAGGUAACAGUAUUGCAAACGUUUGCCAAGUAUAAGAGCCAAUUCAACGUCGACCAAGGUGGGGAGCAUGGACGCACCGCACUCCAUUUCGCAGCUAUUCAUGAUCAUGAUAAAUGCGCCAGAGUGCUGAUAACAGACUUAGGAGCACAGUGCAAACGCCCCUGCAACAACGGCUACUAUCCCAUCCACGAAGCAGCUAAGAACGCUUCUUCGAGGACCAUGGAAGUAUUUCUCCAGUGGGGGGAGUCUAGAGGUUGUACGAGAGAACGAAUGAUAUCUCUCUACGACAACGAAGGCAAUGUUCCAUUGCACUCAGCUGUUCACGGGGGAGAUAUAAAAGCGGUUGAACUAUGUCUUCGAUCUGGAGCCAAAAUAUCCACACAACAGCACGAUUUGUCCACUCCCGUGCAUCUGGCUUGUGCGCAGGGAGCUCUUGACAUAGUAAAGCUGAUGUUUACAAUGCAACCAACUGAGAAGCUGGCAUGCUUAACUUCGUGCGAUGUUCAAAAAAUGACGCCGAUCCAUUGCGCGGCAAUGUUUGACCAUCCAGAUAUUGUCAAAUACUUGAUUUCUGAAGGAUCAGAUAUAAAUCCUUUGGAUAAAGAACGCAGAUCACCUCUGCUGCUCGCAGCGUCAAGAGCUGGUUGGAGAACUGUACAUAUUUUGAUUCGUCUGGGAGCUGACAUACAAUUGAAAGAUAUAAAUUCGAGAAAUGUUUUGCAUCUUGUAGUGAUGAAUGGAGGUCGUCUCGAAGAUUUUGCUGCAAAUUGCAAAGUAAGCGUUCAGGAUCGCUGUGAGAAGAGUCUAGCACAGUUGUUGAAUGAAAAAGACAACACUGGUUGCUCGCCGCUGCAUUACGCCAGCCGCGAAGGUCACAUCCGAUCGCUGGAGAAUUUGAUCAAACUCGGCGCUUGCAUCAACUUGAAGAACAACAACAACGAAAGCCCUUUGCAUUUCGCAGCCAGAUACGGGCGAUACCACACCGCCUGCCAGCUUCUGGACUCUGAUAAAGGCACGUUCAUCAUUAAUGAGAGCGACGGUGAAGGACUCACCCCACUCCACAUUUCCUCUCGCGAAGGUCAUACCAGAGUGGUGCAGCUGCUGUUGAACAGGGGAGCUUUGCUACACCGAGAUCAUAACGGGCGGAAUCCGUUGCACCUAGCCGCUAUGAGCGGCUUCAAUCAGACCAUCGAGUUGCUGCACUCCGUUCACUCACACUUACUGGACCAGACGGACAAAGACGGCAACACACCUCUCCACCUAGCGACAAUGGAGAAUAAGCCUAACUCCAUUGCUCUGCUCUUGUCUAUGGGCUGUCGUUUGAGCUAUAAUAACCUCGACAUGAGUGCAAUCGAUUACGCUAUCUAUUACAAAUUCCCUGAAGCGGCUCUUGCGAUGGUUACUCAUGAACAAAGGGCCAUGGAGGUGAUGGCACUCCGUUCCGAUCGACAUCCGUGCGUGACUCUUGCGCUGAUAGCGUAUAUGCCCAGAGUCUUCGAAGCCGUCCAAGACAAAUGCAUCACCAAGGCGAACUGCAAAAAGGACUCUAAGAGCUUCUAUAUUAAGUAUUCUUUCAAAUACUACCAACACUCGCAAGACGAAGUUAAAGCUCUGAGACUGGCGCUCAACGAUCCAAAAUACCGACCCAAACCGUUGUGUGUGACCAACGCGAUGGUGGCACAUGGAAGGGUAGAACUCCUGGCACAUCCACUCAGUCAAAAAUACCUUCAAAUGAAAUGGAACUCCUAUGGGAAAUAUUUUCAUUUAGCGAAACUUCUAUUUUACUGCAUAUUCCUGACGUUUGUGACAGUUUAUACAUACUUACUAAUGUCUACUACAAAACCUGCUUUAUCAUUGACGAAGAAACAAACGGAGAAAUGUCUUUUUAUAAACCCGUCAAUCAACGACUCUUUGGAAAAAGUAGAGAACAAUACGCAAGACAAAAUUACAGCUACAAAUUAUAAUACGGACUUAGAAUUAGUGGGAAUGUACACAAGUACAGUAGCUAUACUGGUCUACAACUCCCUGUGCAUGAUUCGCGAAGCAUAUAACGUGAAGCAACAAAAGUGGCACUAUGUGGUGGACCCAUCAAAUCUGGUCUCUUGGAUGCUGUACAUCUGUUCUAGCCUCAUGGUGUUCCCGACGCUAAUGCGUAGUUGUGUGGAUCUUCAGUUCUCAGCGGCUUCCAUAACGGUGUUCCUGUCGUGGUUCGAACUACUGCUGCUGCUUCAGCGGUUUGACCAAGUGGGAAUCUACGUAGUGAUGUUCUUGGAAAUCUUACAGACGUUGAUCAAAGUGUUGAUGGUCUUCUCAAUCCUCAUCAUAGCGUUUGGAUACGCAUUUUAUAUUCUGCUCUCUAAAGGUCAACAUUUGUCGUUUAACAGCAUACCGAUGUCCAUUAUGCGAACGUUCGCUAUGAUGCUGGGAGAAAUAGAUUUUGUUGGAACUUACGUACAUCCAUACUAUAAAUCUGAGACUGACAUUAUUUUGCCUUUCCCGAUGCCGACGUUCUUUAUACUCGGGAUUUUCAUGGUGCUAAUGCCAAUCUUGCUGAUGAACUUGCUUAUCGGUUUGGCUGUUGGGGACAUCGAGAGCGUGAGGAGGAACGCACAGCUGAAACGGCUAGCGAUGCAGGUGGUACUUCAUACGGAGCUGGAACGAAAGCUGCCUGCUAUACUUCUGGAAAAGGUGGACAAGAACGAACUUAUCGAGUACCCUAACAACGGCCACUGCAAGCUUGGAUUUCUCGACCUGAUCUUACGCAAGUGGUUCUGCAAUCCUUUCACUGAUGAUGCUGGCUUAGACUUGGUGCUGGAAAGCAGUGAAGAUUACAUAACGGCUGAGUUGGACAAGCAGAAGCGACGGCUACGGGAGAUGUCUUCUCUCCUUGAACAGCAACAUACGCUGAUUAGGCUUAUCGUUCAGAAAAUGGAGAUAAAAACCGAAGCUGAUGACGUGGAUGAAGGUGUCUCUCCCGGGGAUACCAGGCUGGUACCUUGCUGGAGCUCACCAAGGAUACGCAAAAAAUUACGAACAAUACCUUCUUUUAAUAAGGGUGGCUAA